GUUUCUCAAGAGUAACAUAGUACAACCGGUAGCCGGCCAUAAAUAAAGAGUGAUUGCAAGACAGUACGAGUAGUAAGUAGUUCAUUCGCUCCAAUUGAUUUUCGACUUGUUUUGCAUGUUGUCAGCCGCUUUCAUGCUCAACAGCUCAGUCCAUCCCUCUCGAUAACUUCCUUCCGGAGGCAUCAUGACCCCCUGGCAAUAACUCAAUAUGCCCUUCUGCACACAUUCCACUCUCCCGAUUGCAGGAACAAUCAUUUCUCCCGCUAACUUAGCUCACCAAUCAUCAUUACGUCCAUCGAUGGACAUGUCGGACUCUAAUAACCAUGCUCCGAUCAGCAUUGACAAUCAAACGGGAAUUGAUGAUGAAGAUACCGAUCGCUUCAAGAUAAAGUCAAGCACUUUCUGCAAAGUCAUGCGGAUUGUGGCAGGCCUUGCACCCCCGGUCCCAAAAUCUCUUGUCAAAGGCAAAGACAGAGCUCCUACAAGGAGGCCGCCUGUAUGGGCUGAAUCACGACAAGAAUUGUGCGAAGCAUUGCCUUACUACCGAUCAUUUCAAUCAGGUUUAUAUAUGUAUAAGAAGGUUGCAUAUGGUUAUCUGUUGGAGGCAUUUCCUGCCCCUCGAGAUGUCUGGGCAGAUAACGGGCGAGUCAUUAUCUCACAUGGUGGAGGACAAUGCAUAUGUGCGAAGCUACCUGACGGCACACAAGGUCCCCCGAUCUUGCAAACAGAUCAAUCACCCCUUAAUGCUCGAAUAGAGACACUUCUUCAAGCUGCUGAGAGACGGACGCCUUUGGUUUUGAUUGCAGGAGAAGGCUAUCGUCAGCUGCCAUGGAAGCUAGAUUGUGCUUAUGUGGUAUUGGGAUGGUAUUGGAUCUCCUACACUUGGGUAGAAGCUGAACCCGUUGGUAAGGGAGUUUUGCCUCCUAGAGACAGGGAUUACUUUCAUAGGUAUAAAAUACGGUUCGACUGGGUCAAAAAUCAAGGGGAACCUUGGUGGGACUGUGAAAGCGACCUUUCACUGAACCUUGGUACUUCACCAAAAAAUACACCGACAACUACGGUCCCACAAACCCCCGGAUGCGCAAAUGUACAUGAGGAAGGUCCGUCUGGUCUCGGGGCUGCAGCAAGGCUCAUUAUUCCUGUCGAGCCUCUUCGACACGUGAAUUCUGGGUUUAUAUUGAACGCGCCAGAUCAUCUCUCGCCCAAUAAUGACAUUAUGCGGCGAGAUUGCUCGAGUGGUUUUGAGGAUAAGCUUAUGUAUUAUUCUGCAGAAGGCUGUGGCAAAUGGCCUAGAGGAGAUGAAGAAAUGACCUCUUGCCUGCCAACAGUAACGGAUCAGGAUGAAGAACCAUCGAUUCAUUUAUAUGAUACAUUUGUCUGCCCAAAUUGCCAUCAAAAAACGCCCAUGAUUUAUAAAGAAGGCCAGAUCUGUGUCAAGCCUAGCUGUCCAGCAUUUUUUCUGCUUCGCACUGCUUAUGGCCUUUUCCCUAUACCUCCCGGGUUCUCUCUCACACUCAAUCCUUCUUUUCUUCUACUACGUCCUACCCCAAAAUCUCUUGAGAACCUUCCUUAUGAUCUUGUUCCUCCAACUUUAGAUGAGAGUAUAUCUGAAGGAGCGGAAUGUAAAGCCAAUCUGGGAGGGAGGGCUUUGUGGAAGGGAUGGGUGUGCACGGAUUGUGAAAGAGCUAAUUGCAGGUAUAAAUGGGAAGUUUGGGAGUGCCGAAAUUGUGGGAACUUAUUCGCUCCCCUUAGCCGUAACGAAAGCAUGCCUUUGUCCGGUCUAUCUUUCCAUUUUCCACCGUUUAUGGGAGAUGCUAUGACAAUGCAUACAGGGAGGAUAAUGAUGCUAUCUUCAAUGAAAAAUAUAGCUAUCGCUUAUGAUCUUCCCGAUGCGGGUACCGUAUACCAUGUAAUAUCUCAUGAUCGGAUAGUUGCCGAUAAAUUGUUCCAUGACUACCAGAUAGAAGCGGCAAGAGGCUUCUGUUUUCAACGCAGAGCCCUGAAAGCGAACACGGUUAAAGGUGCUCUUUUGGCUCAGCAUUUUGCAGUCAACAGUGGAGCGCCAUACAAAUAUAAUGUAGACACGCUGUCCGUUCCAUUCGACCAAUCUCCAUCUUGUGUUAUGGCUGCGUUAAACUUGAUUUCGAGCGGCACCAGUGAUGUGCUGAAAGCAGACACGGAAUUCAAUGAGAUUCUCAGUGUCAUCUACCGCGAAGGACAAAAAAUGGGCUGGCACGAUGAUGGGGAGCCAGGUCUUGGUCCCGUGGUGGCCUCUUUGUGUCUCGGUAGUCCGGCCGACAUAUCGUUUCGUCCUAAAGUCGUCAACCGAGCCAAUGGAACAUCUAAUGCCGAGGUUGCUUUGAGCUUUACUCUGUCUCAUGGAGACAUCAUGAUCAUGCAAGGAAGGGAUAUUCAAAAGAAAUAUCACCAUCGUGCGAUGCCUUAUGGUCUUCGUAUCGCUGCAACGGCAAGGAUGAUAUCAGACUCGUAGAUUUUCAAAACUCUUGCGACUGGUGAAAACCAGCGGAGCCAUGGGGACAAAAUGGAUGCCUGAAAUCGUACCGUUUGAGAUUGCAAAACGGAGUGUUGAACGCGUCAGCUGCGUGCUGGAUCGAAGAUGAGCGGAAGAGGAUGUUUCGUAUUUUGGGCGAAUGCUCGGGUGUGGUGCUCUACCCGUCGGGCCAUGCUUCGUGGUCAGGCUGAGCAGAAGCAAAGAUUACGGGACUGUGUAUACUUAAUAAUUAUACAUUCGGUUUGCAUGUAAACUGACCAUGCUGAUCUCGAACGGUAUCACUGCAUG